UGGAGUAUAUGAGAGACCUCAAAAAGCAUAUAAAAGAUCUUAAUGGAACAGAAAAAGAGUCAAACGAAGGUAUAACCAUCAAUCUGGAUCCAAAACCAGAUUUAGAGAAUAGACGAGGUUACAAAGGAUUAGAAUAUUAUAAAAUGAAAGACCAUUUAAAAGAACCUUUUGAUUUUGAAAAAGCUUUAAAACCUAAAAGGAUCUCCGGAAUAGAAUGGAAAGAAAUGAAAGACAAUCGAUAUAAAAUGCAACAGAAACUAGACAUGUGGAUAAAAGAACGACAAAAGGAGAGAGACCGAAUACAGAAAUACAGAAUGGAGAGACAGCAACUGAUGUUGUCGGGAAAAUAUGAGAAAUGCCCCCGAUUUGGGUACAGCGGGAGGAAGAGGAAGGAAAGAAAUAAAGAUAAGCAGAAAGUGAGACAUUGCAGAAUGGAGUAUAAUGCUACCUUGGGUAGGGAGUACGAGAAGUGCAUCGAGUUCACACCAGAGCUGGUAACCACCGCAAAUGAUGGCAGAAGAAGAAGGAAAAGGAGGUAUGAGCAGAAUAAAUACCCGUGUUGCAGGAAAUGUUGUAAGCAGUCCUAUAUGGGUUGUCUGUAAUAGGCGAAAUGAUGUACUGUGAUGGAAAUACUAAAAAAAAACAAACUGGUAUGUCUCUGGAU